GAGGCUGCCCGGCCGCAGAGGCUGCCAUGGCCCUGGCGGGUGCCCUGGAGCGGCUGCAAGAGGAGGCCAUCUGCCCCAUCUGCCUGGAGUACAUGAGCGAGCCCGUCAGCGUUGACUGCGGGCACAACUUCUGCCGGAGCUGCAUCGCCAAGCACUGCCAGGAGAAGGGUCUCUGGGCCGACGGGCCCUUCUCCUGCCCGCAGUGCCGGGCCUCCUGCCACCGCAGCGGCUUCCGACCCAACAGGCAGCUGGCCAACAUCGUGGAGAGCAUCCGGCAGCUGGGGCUGCGGGGUGGCCCAGGGACGGAGACAGGGACGGGGAUGGGGACCCCUCUCUGCGCCCAGCAUGAUGAGCGCCUCAAGCUCUUCUGCGAGGAGGAUGAGGAAGCCAUCUGCGUGGUGUGCCGGGAGUCCCUGCACCACCGCUCGCACACCGUCUACCCCAUCGAGGAGGCUGCACAGGUGUACAAGGUCAAACUCCAGAAAUCCCUGGAGCACCUUUUGAAGGAAGUGGAGGACGUGAGGAAGCGUGAGUCAGCGGAAAGGAUGAAAACCCAGGAGUGCAAGGAGACAGUAAAGAAAAAGCGGGAGAGGAUUGUGAGCGAGUUCGGGAAGCUGCAUCGGCUGCUGGCUGACGAGGAGAAGCUGCUACUCCAGAAGCUGGAGGAAGAGGAGAAGCGGAUUCUGCUGAUGAUCAAUGAAAACCUGGCCAGGCUGGUGGAGCAGAAGUCCUUGCUGGAGGACCUGAUCCUGGAGAUAAAGGAGAAGACCCAGCAGCCAGCUGACAGGCUGCUCAAGGACAUGAAAAGCAUCCUGAGCAGGUGCGAGGGGAUGAAGUUCCAGUCCCCCAAGGCUGUGUCUGUGACCCUGAAGGAAAACUACAGCAUCCCCGAGCACUGCCUGGGCAUGAGGGAAAUGCUGAAGAAGUUCAAAGUGGAUGUGACUCUGGACCCUGAGACAGCACACCCUGACCUUACCCUAUCCGAGGACCGCAAGAGUGUGCGGCGCGGGAGCAAGAAGCUGCUUCUGUCCCUCUUUGACAACCCCAAGAGGUUCAGCACCACUCCAGCAGUGCUGGGGAGUCAGGUCUUCUUCUCAGGCCGCUGCUACUGGGAGGUGCAAGUGGGAGACAAGCCCGAGUGGGGCCUGGGGCUGUGCCAGGAGUCUGCCAGCCGGAAAGGCAAUGUCCUCUUCUCCCCAGACAAUGGCUACUGGUUGCUGCGGCUGCAAAAUGGGGGCAACUACGAGGCCCUCACCUUGCCUGUCUCCCCACUGACCCUGACCGUAAGACCCCGGCGCAUUGGGAUCUUCCUGGACUACGAGGCAGGAGAAAUCUCCUUUUACAAUGUGAGCGACCGCUCCCACAUUUACACCUUCACUGACAAGUUUUCAGGGAACCUCAGGCCUCUCUUUUUCCUGGGUGCCUUUUUGGGGGGCAGAAAUGCAGAGCCCUUGGUGAUCUCCUGGGUCAGGGACACGCAGGGGACCGGGUGCAUCAUCCUGUGA